AUGGCAGUGGGAGUAUCUUCCAUACUUCAUACCGAGCUGUAUACCACGCCGAUCGAGACGGUUGCGGCAGGAAAUGGGACUGAGGGUAUGGGCGAGUUCCUCAUGAACUUUGCGAACGGCACUCUAUCAACGAUCGCUGAAUCGGUAGUGGCAUCUGGAUCUUCGAUGUUGUCCGCUACUGCGACUCAUGCUCCGACCUUUUCGUUACCGAACCCCUCCGGUGCAGGUGCGGUGGGGACUCAGUGGCUGCGAACGCUAUUCGGUAGAGGCGAAUGGACGUUGCCAUGUGUCAACAUCAAGGUUGUCAUAUGA